AUGUCCUCGCCUCCUCAAGUCGACGUCUCCAAGGCGGUCGGGUUCAAGCAACGGCCCCAGCGCGUCAUCUAUACCUCUCGCGACCUAAUGCUCUAUGCUCUCUCUGUCGGCGUCCGCCAGGAUGAGCUCCAGUUUCUCUACGAGAACGAAUCCUCCUUUGCCGCUUUCCCGACCUACCCUCUCGUUCUCCCUCUUAAGAGAGACAACCACGGCGUUUCCGUCUACGGCGGCGGUGGCGAAGAUGUCCCCGGCAUCCCUCCCUUUGAUCCCAACAAGCUCGUCCAUGGCGACCAGUCCCUCGAGGUCCUGCGCCCUCUGCCCCUUGGUGGCGAGUUUGAGCUCCACACAACUGUCACGGGUGUCUAUGACAAGGGCAAGGGCAUGGUCAUUGAGCGCACAACCCAGAUGGUCGACCCCAAGGAUCCCUCGAGACCGUACUCGUCCAUGAAGGGCUCGGCCUUUGUCCGAGGCGCCGGUGGUUGGGGUGGGCCCAAGGGACCUAAGCAGGAGUCUUAUGAGCCUCCCAAGGACAAGCAGCCGGAUGCGGUCUAUGAGGACAAGACAAACGAUGAGCUGGCCAUCCUGUACAGACUGUCGGGCGACUACAACCCUUUGCACAUCGACCCAAAGAUUGCACCGCGUGUCGGCUUCAAGAAGCCCAUCCUGCACGGCCUGUGCACCUAUGGCCACGCCGCCCAUGCCAUUCUCAAGACCUUUGGCCAGUCCAACUCCAACGCCCUUAAGUCCAUUACCGGACGAUUCACUGCCCCGGUCUAUCCAGGCGACACGCUCGUUACAAAGAUGUGGAAGGUUCCUGCAGAGCACCAGGAUCAGGAAAAAAUCAUCUUCCAGGUCCUCGCCAAGGAACGCGACCAAAUUGUCAUUAAUGGCGGAUGUGUCGUUCUCUGGACCAACAAGGGUCCUCAGAGCAAGUUGUAA